CUCCAUCAUCAACAGGCACGUGGACCAAUUCCGCGGCCACAUGGCAAAGUACAUGGAAACCACGUUCAACGACACCAUGCAGUCGGUUCGAGAGGAGCCAGGCGCAAUGGUGCGGACACAACUUUAGCCACAUGCGGACAGACUCAACAGACAACAGGCCCAGCUCAAAGUGGUGCGCGACAAGAACGAGGAACUCGGCAAGGAACAGGAGGCGCUCAAGGCCUCGGUCAAGCAACUCCAGGAGACACUUGCCAUCGCAGAGCAGCAGAUCGCGUCACCCAUCGACACGGGCAGGCUCAUGGAAUGGAACAGAAGCGCAGACCCAUCGGUGUCCAUAAUGUCCAGUGACUCGGUGGCGGCGCCGAAUGAGACUUUCAAUGCCUUGAACGAGUGGUUGCAGACGGCCAAUGUUUCCAGGGACCAAGUACGACUGGUGGGGGACACCCCGCAGAAGAAAUUUAACUUGCAGUGCAUCGGUGGUGCGGCGGGUGUUUCCAGAGCCAACGCGCUGCAGAUUGCGCUCAAGUAUGCCAACAACCAGGGCUGGCGUUCGUUUGAGGUGCUGGCGAUCAACGGGAGUCGCGUGCCACUGUUCGUCAAGCCCGACAAGAACGCGAAAGAUAUUCGGAGAGAGGUGCAGACGAAGAAGCUAUUGUAGUGGCCUUCGGCCAGUGCCGCCGAUUCGGGGCGCUCCGACUGAUGUGAUCCAUCUUCGCCC